AGUGAGCGCCCCGGAGCCGCCAGAGAUCGCCCGCCGUCCGGACCCGCCGCCCCGGACACCGGCGCCCGGCCCCGGGCGCAGCUGCAGCUCAAGAUGGCCCGAGGCAGCGCCCUCCUGCUCGCCUCCCUCCUCCUCGCCGCCGCCCUUUCUGCCUCCGCGGGGUUCUGGUCGCCGGCCAAGGAAAAACGAGGCUGGACCCUGAACAGCGCGGGCUACCUGCUGGGCCCACAUGCCGUUGGCAACCACAGGUCAUUCAGUGACAAGCUCGGCCUCACCAGCAAGCGGGAGAUGCAGCCUGAAGACGAGGUGAAGCCAGGAAGCUUUGACAGGUCCAUGGCUGAGAGCAAUAUUGUGCACACAAUCGUUGAGUUCCUGUCUUUCUUGCAUCUCAAAGAGGCCGGGGCCCUCGACGGCCUCCUGGAUGCCCCCGCCGCAGCCUCCCUGGAUGACACCGACACCGAGCGUUCCUGAGAGCCUCCUGGGCGUGUCUGUGCGGUGUAAUCCCAAGUCACACCUUAAGAUGAUGGAUGAUCAUCUUAGCCCAAAUUAUGCAGAGUCAGCUCUUCUUGUUCUCUUUCCCCUGAUGCUGUGUUGUUACCACUUAAGAUUUUCUUUUGGUGUUUUAUUCUGAGUGGCAAAAUAAAGAAUAGCAAUUA